AUGCCGACAUUUGCCGACCCACUGUUCAACCUACCGCCUCUGCUUUCCAAUCCUGACCCGAAAAUACGUCUCCUCUUCGAUCACUUCUGUACUUAUGUCUCUCCUGUGAUGCUUCUGUAUGACGAUGAAACAAACGGCUACAGGCACCAAAUCUUGCCGCUCGCGCUGUCGAAUCCUGUCAUCGAGCGCGCCGUGUGUGUCGCAGCCGCCUUUCACCUGUCACUGCGCAAGCCCGAGCUCAGACUGCCCGCCGAGAGCGGCCGGGCUGCCAUCAUAAACAAACUGACUGAAAAAACACUUGAUCUCAGUGAGACGACUUGGGCAACCAUCCUCCUCCUUAUCGUUGCCGAUCUCGUCACUGGUCAUGAGCAUGUCCUCACGCUGUACAAAAUGCUCCGAUCCUUCCUGGAUGCGAGAAGACAGGCGGCGCCACAACUUGAUGCGCAAGGAGGAUCCGAAUUACAAAAUUUUCUCUAUUUCCAAUCGAAGCUGCUAUCCUUCUUCGCCUCCCCCGUCCUCGGCGAACCAAAUGCUCUCGACGGCUUCUCGCACAUCUCUCAGGACCCCUUUGCGUGCCUGGUCCGACCCGCCCCGCAUACAAAGCAGUCCGUUGGUCACGUGGACCCAACGAGCGAGACACCCGGCUCGUCCAGUCUUGACACCGUCGACGCGAGGACUGAACUCUACAUGCACACCAUCCGCGAAGCAGCCGAGAUCUACCUCGCGCGCGCAAGAACUUCCGAACACUGCUCAGCAGCAUAUCCCGCGGGCCUAGAGCACUCUACCAUUCUCCACACGACAGGAACCACCAGUACCCAGCGCACAGAGGCAGACGACAUCAUCUCCCAACGGGUUGUCCACAUGCGCCGUCUCUUCGAGCAAGUCGACUCGUCUGCGCCCGGCGCCCAUGCUCUCGUCUGGCCUGCGUUCGUAGCCGCUGCCGAGUCUCGCCGUGAGGACGACAGGGAGUUCUUCUCUGCGGCGCUGCGGCAGAUCUGGGAGUCUACGGGGUAUGGCAAUGUCUUGAAAGGGCUGAAUGCGCUGCCUGAGAUUUGGGAGCGUCAGGAACACGGGCAGGAGUGGACGGGGGUGCUGACGAAUUUGAAGACGUUGAUUAUGUGA